AUGAUUUGGCCAAUCUCUGUUUGCUACAGGUCCCGCUCAGUUGAACGAACAAACAAUCUCUUUGUUCUGGAUGCUCUUCACACUCCAGAUGAGCCUGUUUUACUGAGACUUCGCUGCAUCUCAAAUCACAGCAAACUAUUCCAUGACACAAUUUGUCAUCCCAAACUUGUAGAAAUUGCGUCUGAGCUGGUAAGAUCAACUAACCAACUUUUCUUUAGCUGCGUGAGUUAUCGAUGAAGUUUUAAAAAGGGGGUAUGUCGCGCUAUUUGCUACAUAUGUUUUCCAAAAGUAAUGGUCAAAUUCUGUUAAAAAUCUUUAAGAUCUUAGAUUAUAUUAGAUAAGAUCUUUUACUUAGGCAUGGAAUCCCGUUACCUUGACACAGGAGGGAAAUCCCCAGCCCCCGGCUCUUAAUGACAACUCUGAAAUUCCUUUACAAUGUACAGCUUUGUUUUCUAUUCUAACCUCUAUGAGGCUGAUUUUUCAAAGCAUGCAUCACCGAGGUUCAUACCCUCUUUAAUGUGUCCAUUCCUGAAAGAUACACUGUUCAAGAUGCUAACUGAAUGGUAGAAUUAUAAACCCGUCUGAGAUUUAAGACCCCUAAAACCAUACCCUGUUUGGCAGCAAAGCAAAUAGCAGUUUAGGUGAAAAAAGGAGUGCCUUCCCCCACCCCCACCGAGUCAAGAUGCCUUCGAACAGAAAUUUGGGCACGGAUACGGGCCAGCAGCGCCCACUUUAUCGGUACUUUGCUAAACUCUGGCGUGAAUACCUGGGAAAAACAUGGAUUGACAUAAAUAUCAGUAACACAUCAAUAACGCAUAAUUCUUUUUCCAUUAAGAUUGGACCAUCGAUUCGUUACAUUAAUCAAGAUAAAGUGAACAUGAAGCCGCCACAAAGUGAAAGUUCGGUUGUUACAUGGCAUCAAGACUGGGCAUUUUUUCCUCACACGAAUGACAGUUUGGUCACUGUCUGUAUUGCCAUUGAUGACUCCACCAGGGAAAAUGGUAACAGAAAUACUGUAAACUUCUGCUUAUAAGCCCCUUCACUUAUAGCUCCCACUGUUAUAGGCGCACCUACCUGUAAUGAAAAAAACAAGUUCGGUUAUAGCACCCCAUCCCGCCCCUACCGAAUGUAAGCCCCCUCUAGCUUGUACUAAAACGAAUUCGAUUUUUUUAAGACGUUUUGAGUAAAUUUAUAAAGUAGUUUGAUCAGCACUGCUAUGUAGCUUGUUUUGAAGCGCUUCAUAGUCCGGCUAUAAGCCACCCCCCCCCCCCCCCUCAUCUCCCGCCCCGUUUGUAAACCCGACGGUUUAUAAGCGGAAUUUUACGGUACUGUAUACGUUGUGACCUUUUUUUCGAAACUCUUCAAUUUAAUCUUCAGCUUCAGCUUCUUCAUCUUAAGCUUUUUUAAUUCCAAAUUAUACAGGAUGUCUACAAGUGGUUCCAGGAUCACACAAGGGCCCCCUGUAUUCACACUUUAAGGAUGGAGCUUUUGUAUCGGCCAUAACAGAUCCAGCGUUUGACCCCAGCACUGCUGUUCAUGUGGAAGUAACCGCUGGUGGAGCCUCGUUUCACCAUGUCUUAACGGUGCACGGAUCGGCACCUAACCUGUCCCGUCAUUCACGGCGUAUGUUGUGUUUUAACUACAGUUCCACAGAUGCUUGGCCAUUGCUUGGUGUCGCGGGACAUGAAUUUACAAGCCAUGGCCCAGUGGACUGGGAGAGGUAUUGCUCCACGGCGGUGAAAGGCAAAGCCAGUGUGUUUCCACGAAUGAAGGCAUUGCCUGUCUGCAUUCCCAUACCUUUGGAUUCAGGUUUUGAUAUUUAUCAACAUGCCAAGCCUAGUGUCGUUAAUCAGCCGCAGUGA